AUGGCUGCUGAAGAUUCACAAAGUAUAAGUUUGAAGGUCCAGGUUGUUAAUGAGAAAAAUAGAGUUAUUUUUGCUGAGCCCAAUAAGGAUUUUGUUGAUGUUCUCUUCAGCUUCAUGACCAUGCCUCUUGGAAUUAUUAUUAGCCUCACCCGUGAGCACCCGCCAAAAGAGUCAUUUGGUUGCUUCAACAACUUAUAUGAAAGUGUUGAGAAUCAUGAGGAGAAACAUCUUCAAAGUGUGAAGUGUAAGGAGAUGCUGCUUCAUUUCCAAAGUUCAGUAGAAUUGUCCUGCAAAAACCUAAAAUUGAAUCUUGUUAAUAGUAAUUCUAAUGGGUACUAUGUCUGUGACAAUCCAGAGUGCCCUUUGAGUGCUUAUAAGAUUGCUCGUUGCCGUUGUGGGAGUACCAUGAAUAAUUUCCAAGUGAUGCCCAUGUCUACUAUGACUGGCUUAGCCCUGCUUAAUGAGCUUCAAACUAUAUAUGGACACACAUUAUUAGAGAGGACUAUAGAGAUGGGAAGGGUUGAGAGGAGGAGGUCUUUAUAUAAAAAACCUGGUCCAAGAAGACCGAUUUUGAAUUCUACAAAGAUGACUUUGAAGCUUAUUGUCAACAAAUCUAAUAAGUGGGUGUUAUAUGCAGAAGCAAAUGAAGAUUUUGAGAUGAAGGCAAUUUUAGUUGAUCCAAAGCUUGCUCCUGGUCUUGCUUGGAACAAACAACUCAUUCCCAUCGAGGAAGCUUCUUAUCCAUCAUUGUCGUGUGCUACUUCCCUUUUUACUGCAAAACGUGUGCAGUCUUCUUCAGGGAAAACUAUACUGGCAAAUGAUUCAUGA